CAGUUGCUUUAAGACACGUUUCUUCAAGCAGCAUUAUGGAACGGCGACGUAAUCCACCGGCCACGUGUCGUUAAUACAGGUCACUCGGCGGCCACUUGCCUCCUCUCAGUCAAGAGGGGGUUGUCUCUAAUGUCUAAAAGUGGGUUUUCUUCUUCAGGUCAAUUUCAAAAUAAAGCUUUUCAUCUUCUUCUUCUUCUUCACCGUCUCUGUUAACUCCGACAUGUUUCUUCUUUCCGUAUGAUUUUAUUAUUCUAUAUUUUUGUUUGAUAUACAAAGUUCUUCAUCAUCUGAGAAACAAAACAAGAAAAAUAAAAAAACUUUAUUUUUUCUUUUCUUGGUUUUGUUUUAUAAUCUAAUGGGGGAAGAAGCAAGGGCAUGGAACAGAGAAGUGACAAAUCUUUCUCUAGACAUAAACAAGUACCCGAGAGAUCUCUUACGAGGCUUCAUGUCUGAAAACGUUGUUAACGGAAGAAAUGAAACAUCAGACUGCGAAGAUGAGACAGCUGUUGAGCUGAAUCUUGGUUUGUCUUUAGGAGGUCGUUUCGGAGUAGACAAGACUCCGAGGAAGCUUAAACGAUCAUCUUCCGUUUUGAGCACUAUGCCGUUUGAGAAGAGUUCUUCUAUCGUGGCUGACAAGGAGGAGGAGGUUGAGCCAGAGAAUUACACUGUGGGUUUAGCGAGAACGACGUCGUUACCAGCGGAGAUGGAGGAGGAAUGGAGGAAAAGGAAAGAGAUGCAGUCACUUAGGAGAAUGGAAGCUAAGAGAAGGAGAUGUGAGAAACAGAGUUCCCAAACGACGUCGUUUGACACUGAGAGAUGGGUCACUGCUAGUAAAAGUGGGUUUCUACAAAGACAUUUGGUUUCUCCUAGACAAGUGUGUGUUGAUUCUCUUGUAGGAGGUAGCUCGUCGAGCUUGUCGGAGAUGGACAACAAGAAUAACCAACAAGGUUCAUCAAACAGUUGUGGUGAACCAAGUCCGAAGAUGAUGACAAGAUGUUCAUCUAAUAACAGCGAAAGCCAUGGAACAGAGAAAGGGAAUGAGAAGGAGAAUGGUAAAGGCAAAGGCACGGAUACGUCUGCUGCUGGUUUGUUUGACAUGCCGUGUGUGUUCACUAAAGGUGACGGUCCAAAUGGUAGACGUGUUGAUGGGAUUCUAUACAAGUAUGGCAAAGGAGAGGAAGUUAGGAUCAUGUGUAUUUGUCAUGGUAGUUUCUUGACACCUGCUGAGUUUGUUAAACAUGGUGGUGGUGGUGAUGUUGAUCGUCCUCUUCGGCAUAUCGUUGUCAAUACUUCUCCUUCAAGGUUUUGA